GACAACAUUUAAGCUUAUGGGGAGAAAUGAAGAUGGUAAAGGAAGGUGCCCAUUUGAUCCUGCACAAAGUUAUACAUCAGUCAUGGUUGAUGGGGAUCUUUACUCUGCAACAUCUUACAAUUUUUUAGGAAGUGAACCUAUUAUUUCUAGGAACUCACUGCAAAAUCCACUAAGGACAGAAUAUGCAAUUCCUUGGCUUAAUGAACCAAAUUUUAUUUUUGCUGAUGUGAUAAGAGCUGAUCCAGAAAGCCUUGAUGAAGAUGACGACAAAGUGUACUUCUUUUUCACUGAGGUGUCAGUGGAAUAUGAAUUCCUUAACAAACUGAUGAUUCCCAGGAUAGCUAGAGUUUGUAAGGGGGACCAAGGAGGACAUCGAACUUUACAAAAAAAAUGGACUACUUACCUCAAGGCUCGGUUGUUUUGUUCAGUCCCAGAGAAAAAUUUAUUUUUCAACAUUGUCAAUGAUAUUUUUAUCCUAAAGACUUCAAAUUUAAAAGAACCAGUGAUUUAUGGGGUUUUUACUCCUCAGUUGAAUAAUGUGGGUCUCUCAGCAGUAUGUGCCUACAAUAUUUCUACAGUGGAAGAUGUUUUUGCCAAAGGAAAGUACAUGCAAAGCACCACAGUUGAACAAUCCCAUACAAAAUGGUUGCGAUACAAUGGAGAGAUUCCUAAGCCACGGCCUGGAGCAUGUAUAAACAAGGAGGCCAAAGGAGAAAAUUUUAAGAGUACACUGAACUUACCUGAUAAAACCUUACAGUUCGUCAAAGACCAUCCUUUGAUGGAUGAUUCUGUGACCCCAAUAGGAGACAGACCCAGAUUGAUCAAGCGUGAUGUGAAGUAUACCCAGAUUGUGGUGGACCAAGUCCGUGCAUUGAAUGGCACGUUGUAUGAUGUCAUGUUUAUCGGGACAGAUCAAGGUGCUCUUCACAAAGCAAUCAGCUAUGAAAAUGGAAUGCAUAUUAUGGAAGAAAUUCAGCUCUUCCCAAAUUUUGAUUCUAUUCAGACUCUCUUGCUUUCUUCAAAAAAGGGAAAGCAAUACCUCUAUGCAGGAUCCAAUACAGGAGUAGUCCAGUCACCUGUUGCAUUUUGUGAGAAGUAUAGUACCUGUGUGGACUGUAUCCUGGCAAGAGAUCCAUACUGUGGUUGGAAUCCCCAUAAAUCCCUUUGCGGUGAUAUCUUCAAAGAAAAUGAGAAUAACAGGGAUUGGAUUCAGAAUAUAAGUGGAGAUGCCUCCUCUUGUUCAGAUAAAGUCAGAGAGCAUUCUCUGCAGCACACUUUCGGGCAUGGGAGCACUGCAGAGUUAAAAUGUUCAAAGAAAUCCAACCUGGCACAGGUGGUUUGGAAAUUCAAGGAUGAUGUGCUAAAGGUGGAAAGCCCUAAGUACCGUCUUCUGGAGAAAGCAUUGCUCAUCUUCAAUUUGUCUGAAGGUGACAGUGGCGUUUAUCAAUGCCUGUCGGAAGAAAAAGUGAAGAAUCAAAAGUUUUCACAAGUGUUGGCUAAGCAUGUUUUGGAACUGAAAAAAAUCCAGCAUACCACUCUGAGCCCAAAGCAGCCUAUUCCACAAACAGAAGGUAACAGAGAGGCAUCCAAAAUGGCUUCUUUUCCUACUGAAAGGUUAGCUGUUCACAUUCCAACAAUUUUGCCAGUCACAACAACCAGGAUAGAAACAAAUCCUCUUGUCCCAAUGCUAAUGAGCACUGCCUCCAGUCUUGAACGCACCAAGUCGUUUCUUGAGGUCCCUGAAAAGACCAUGUUUCUAAAAGCAAAUGAUAGUUCCCUUUUGAUGUUUCUCUUUUUGUUCUUUUUUGUGCUGUUCUUGAGUCUGUUUGCCUACAAUUGUUACAAAGGAUAUUUACCAGACCAGUGUCUGAAGUUCCGUUCAGCUAUGCUACUUGGGAAGAAGAAGCCCAAGGCGGAUUUUUCUGAUUGUGAGCAAAGUGUGAAAGAGACCUUGGUGGAGCCAGGCAGUCUUAUGACCCAAAGUGGAGAACAUCCAAAGCCAGCACAUGACACAGGCUAUGAAACCGAAGCAGACUAUGGAAAUGGCCACAUUCAGCAUGAUGAGGACCAUUCGCAAUCUUACAAAGAUGUCAAGGACAAACCUUUUGAUGUUAAGUGUGAACUGAAAUUUGCUGACUCAGAUGCUGAGGCUGAUUAAAGGCAACUGGUCCCAGUUUUUCUGAUGAAAGUUUGAUUAUUAUAUUUUUUUUAAUACACUUCAUUUAAAUGUGAUAACUGGGCCACAAAGGGCUAUCUACAUGUCAUCGAUCUGUAUGUGAUACUUUGUCAUUUCACAACUGGAUUGAACAAAGAACCAUCUGCUGUAUUCUAAAAACCAUUAUGUUCCACAUUUAUUUUUCUCAUGUGUUUGUUGAUUUUUUAUUUUAAAUGGCCAGUUGUAAAUUUCAAACUUUUUUCUCCCUUGAGGUUGAUUUAACAUUUGCACAUACUACUUUAUUUCCUGUUUCCAUAGAAAGUAAAAUUAACUCUUUUUGCAAAUCCAUGCCAAAAAGGAUUUAAGUAGCUACAGCUUGCGUAUAUUUAACUGCUGUUAAAAAUCUAAUUUCAGUUUAAUUCCAAAUUGGAAAUAAUAUUUAGUUUAUCAGAUUGGUAAAUUAUAGGCUUUUUGUCCAGUUUUGGACAUUUCUUUGCAUCUAGUGAUUUAUAAUGCUUAAUGUACUGCCAUCAUUGUAUUUUGUCUGUUAACUAUAGUUGAUGAAAGAAGCAUUUAAGUUUUCCCAAACAGUUUGUGUACUUUUUGUAGAAUAUGCUGUAUAUUGGGACAGGUCUGGAUAGUUUUGCAUAAGGUUCUCAGGGAUAUGUUUUGGUUAAAUGAUUUUGUUUUAUUAUUUUAAGAGAUGGUAUGGUAAUCACUAUAAGUGCUCAAUUUUGGAUUAUGGGGAAAUGUAGCUUAGAAAAGAGUUUUUUUUUUUAAACAAAGGUGUUAGACACUGCCACAUUAACUACAUUUUGGGAUUUUUAAAAGUGGACAAUGGGAGGCCCUGUCACCAAACUACACACAUUUUGAGAGCCUUGUGUGUUUAUAAUGCAGAAUUUGACAAAUAUUUGAUGGAUGUCCCUGAAGAGGUGAAAGAGAAUACUUAUUUUUCAACCUUUUUCACAGUUGGAAAGUAAUCAUAUUACAACACCCAUAGCCAACUUUGCCAAAUAUUUUCACACUUUUGUCACAUCAUCCAUCAACAUUUGAAAAAAGCAAGUGAAGAAACAAGACAGACAAACCAAAACUGCCCAAAAACUCUUUUAUUUCUUCAUGGGUUAAAAUACAUUAAAUGUGGUUCACAGUGGCACUAUUUGUAUGUAAAAUUCUUUUGUGAUGUACAGUUUUAAUACUUGUAUUUUGCUGUCUCUGUGUCUCUCUUUUGUGUUAUAAGAAACAGGGUUAGGAAUAGCAAGAAAUCUCCUUGCUCAGUAGGCAAAUUUAUCCUCAACCCUUUUUUUUUUGUUAACUCCCCAACCUCUCUUAGAUGGUAUUGCUGUGAAUAGUUUUAUAUUUUGUAUGAUUCAUUUUGCUUUUAUUUUUCUAUCUUAACUAUGUAUAUGUGAAAAGGUUAUGGAAUAAAUAUUGAAAUUAAUUGCA